AUGAAAGGGAAGGUUUACAAGGUGGAAGUGAAACCUGCAAAGCUGGAGGUGACAGAGUUGAAGAUUCACUGGGAGACGUGGAACAGUUUUUUCGACGCUUAUUGGUCAAAAAGCCGUGGCGUCACUUCUCUCGUUCUUUUCGACCACCGCCAUAGUGGGGAAAGGACUGUGGACAAAAUGUCGUCCCACAAGACUUUCAGAAUCAAGCGUUUCCUCGCCAAGAAGCAGAAACAGAACAGGCCGAUUCCUCAGUGGAUCAGAAUGAAGACCGGCAACAAGAUCAGGUACAACUCCAAGAGGAGACACUGGAGGAGGACCAAGCUUGGCCUGUAAACAUGAGGCUCUGUGGAUCCCAGCAUCGCAACAUCUGCCAGGAACUCCAGCUGCUGGACUGACUGCAGGGGACAAGCCAUGUUAUCUGGAGCAGGAAUCAUUUUGUACAGAUACUCUGGUUAUACUCGUGUUUGACAAUAAAAGAUCAUUGAUCAAACGUGAAA